AUCUGGCUUGUCCGCGCGAUUUCCGGCCUCUCGGCUUUCGGCUCGGAGGAGGCCAAGGUGCAACUUUCUUCGGUCGUCCCGAAUCCGGGUUCAUCCGACACCAGCCGCCUCCACCAUGCCGCCGAAGUUCGACCCCAACGAGAUCAAAGUCGUAUACCUGAGGUGCACCGGAGGUGAAGUCGGUGCCACUUCUGCCCUGGCCCCCAAGAUCGGCCCCCUGGGUCUGUCUCCAAAAAAGGUUGGUGAUGACAUUGCCAAGGCAACGGGUGACUGGAAGGGCCUGAGGAUUACAGUGAAACUGACCAUUCAGAACAGACAGGCCCAGAUUGAGGUGGUGCCUUCUGCCUCUGCCCUGAUCAUCAAAGCCCUCAAGGAACCACCAAGAGACAGAAAGAAACAAAAAAACAUUAAACACAGUGGGAAUAUCACUUUUGAUGAGAUCGUCAACAUUGCUCGACAGAUGCGGCACCGAUCCUUAGCCAGAGAACUCUCUGGAACCAUUAAAGAGAUCCUGGGGACUGCCCAGUCUGUGGGCUGUAAUGUUGAUGGCCGCCACCCUCAUGACAUCAUCGAUGACAUCAACAGUGGUGCUGUGGAAUGCCCAGCCAGUUAAGCACAAAGGAAAAUAUUUCAAUAAAGGAUCAUUUGACAACUGGUGGA